CAGCCAUAGGGGAAGAAAUAUCAACAGAAAACUGGCCGCCGUUAAACCCUCACAAUCCAACUGGAGUUUUCUCAUUGAAUCGCUGUAGGAGAAAAGCAAAAGCAAAGAUGGCGAAUGAAAUGGAAGAACUCAUUAACUUCCUAUCAUCUCCUUCUCCACAAGUGAAGAAGGCAGCUGUUGAUAUUGUUCGUGGAUUAACCGGUUCAGAGGAUGGCUUACAAUCCCUUGCUACUUACUCCAAAACCGUCCUUCCGUCGUUGUCGCGACUGUUAGCUGAAAAUAAGGAGGUAUCUGAACCAGCAGCAGAAGCUCUUGUAAACCUGUCACAAAACUCUGUUCUGGCAGCAAAGAUGGUUGAAAUGGGUUUAAUUAAAAUAACGAUGGACGUCUUAUACAAACAAGGAUGUGAAAUCGUCGGACCAUUGGUCAUGCUUCUUGUAAAUCUAACACAACUUGAUGCUGGUGUUGAAUCAUUGCUUCAGGUGGGAGACGAGAAGGUGCAGGGUUUGUAUGUCAUGAAACUUGUGAGAUCGUUUUGUACUUCAUCCAGUGAGAAAGAAGAUGAUCCAUUCGGGCAUGUUGGUUCCAUACUUGUAAAUGUUUCGAAAACCAAAGCGGGGAGAACGCUUCUUUUGGAUCCUAAACGUGGGCUCUUGAAACAAAUUAUCAGGCAGUUUGAUUCUACAAGCCUAUUGCGGAAGCAAGGGGUAUCUGGCACUAUUCGUAACUGCUGUUUUGAGGCUGAUAAUCAGCUACAGAAUUUACUUUUGAUAUCGGAGUUUCUAUGGCCAGCUCUACUUCUACCAGUUGCUGGAAACAAGGUGUAUAAUGAACAAGAUACUUCAAAAAUGCCUCUUGAACUAGGAAGUGCACUCUCAAUCGAGCGUGAACCGGUUACUGAUCCCGUAAUCCGUACUCAAGCAUUGGAAGCUAUUUACUUAAUCGUAUUACAGGGGGCGGGUCGAAGGGCAUUUUGGUCAGUAAAUGGACCACGGAUACUUCAACUCGGGUAUGAGGAGGAAGAAGACCCAAAAGUAAUGCGUGCUUAUGAGCAAAUUGGCUCUUUGCUGGUUGAAGGGAAUGACACCGAGGAAGGAUCCACACAGACAUCUUCAUAGUACGGCUUCUAAAUGUUUUUGUGAUUUUCAACAACAUUGGAUGUUAUGCUUGUAUGAGGUUGCGUAAGCCCAAGCGUAUUCAUGAUUCUCAACACCCAUGAAAACCUCUAGCAUUUGCACUUAUAUAUUUUGCUUAAAACAGAUGUAUCGUGUUAAGCCUGGCAAAGCGAGUUGGGUCAGGUGACUGGUCAAAACGGAUUCUAUGCAUGGGUUUGGGUCAAAAGGGUCUUUUUUUUAAGUUUGUGUUGUUACUUUGUAUGCUUAUUCCCCCAAGCAGAGGCCGUAACCACAUAUCUUUUAUGAAUUUAAAGCAUUAAAUUAUAAUGAUGUGUUAUUA